AAAAGCCUGAGUUUCCGGCAAUCAACUCAUUGGAGCUGUUGUGCAUUUAACAUUUUUAUAUCAGAAUGUCCAGACUACUGACCAUUUGCCUUCUGUCUCUGGCACUCGCUGUGCAGUGUGUGCUGUCGGAGAAUCCUGCCGAGGGCUUGAACACCCAUAUUCGCGGGCAGCUGCAGCAGUAUGAGAAGUACCUCGCCAACGACGAUGGCUCCCACAAGGAGGAUCUGCAGAAGCUGAUCGGCAUCUACGAAACCGCCCUGAAGACCGAGGACUUCAACGCCAAGCAGACUCUGGUGAACGAAGUGCCGUCGAAAUUCUCCCCAGAGUUCGGCCAAUUCGUGCAAUCCAAAUUGCAGGAAGAUCAGAUCAAUCAUGAUAUUUCGGGUGCCAUCAGCUUCUACAAGUCGCUCCUGGCCAAGGGUGACUUCAAGGCUGACAUUGAGAAGGCGUUGGUCGAGCUCGAGAACCUGCAGAAGCAAACCCAAUUCGAGGCUAAGAGGGAUGGUUUCCUGAACCUGGAGAAGGGCUUCAGUCCCGAAUUCGUCAACUUCCUUAAGAGCGACGCUCUUCCCCAGAUCAACAACGACCUGAAGAGCGGCGUUGAGUUCUUCGAGAAGGUUUUGGCCGAGUCCGAUGUGAAGUACGCCUCCGAGAUUAAAGGCCUGAAGGCUCAAGCUGAAGCAGCUCUGGCCGAUUCCGUUCCCAUCGAUGAUAAGCAGAAGACACUCUUCGAAAUCAGAAAUCCUGAUAACGCCGAUCUGAUCGAAUACCUCAAAGCGAAAUUCGCUGAACUGAACUAAGAAUUAAAAUUCUCUCUCAUUUUUAAAAAGCAUUGAAAUUAUUUAGGCUGCAGCUU